CAGGUCCGUAAAAAUCGGGUGCACUUUCUUCCUGGGGCAAAAUAAUCUUGCUAAAUAUUCUGCAACAAGGAUGCAUAUUUUUCGUGCCGUGUUGCUUUUGGCCUUUCUGGUCCUCGACCACUCUUCGUCUGCCUUAAAUAAAGUGUGGGAAGAGUGGCAAAUCAAACAUCACAAGGUUUAUGACAAUCAGACUGAGAUCGUGUUCAGGAGAGCGGUGUGGGAAAAGAACAUGCAGUUUGUGUUGAGACACAACCAGGAGGCCUCCGCAGGAACACACAGCUUCACAAUGGGACUCAAUCAUCUGUCUGACAUGACAGCGGAGGAAAUCAAUGAGAAGCUGAACGGCCUGAAGCUGGAGGAGCCUGUUCAUUUCAGAAACGGCACUUUAAAGGAAGCGAGUGGCGCAGCGACACCUCAGAGUGUCGACUGGAGGAAGAACGGCCUGGUCAGCCCCGUCCAAAACCAGGGGUUGUGUGGGUCCUGCUGGGCAUUCAGCUCUCUGGGAGCUCUCGAGGGCCAGAUGAAGAAGAGAACUGGUGUCCUUGUUCCCCUGAGCCCACAGAACCUGGUGGACUGCAGUACCAGCGAUGGGAAUUACGGCUGCAGAGGAGGAUACAUCUCUAAAUCCUACAGCUACAUCAUCCGCAACCAAGGCGUAGACUCAGAGAGCUUUUACCCUUACAAACACCAGAACGAGAAAUGUCGAUAUUCUGUGAAAGGAAAGGCCGGCUACUGCUUUGAUUUCCACAUCCUCCCACCAGGAGAUGAGAAGACUCUGCAGGCUGCAGUGGCAUCAGUGGGGCCAGUGGCUGUGGCCGUGAACGCCAUGCUGCAAUCUUUUCAUCUCUACAGAGGAGGUUUAUACAACGUACCAAACUGCAACCCAAAGUUCACAAAUCACGCUGUCCUGGUUGUGGGCUACGGCACAGACGCAGGACAAGACUUCUGGCUCGUGAAAAACAGUUGGGGAACUGCGUGGGGAGAAGAAGGCUUCAUUCGAAUUGCCAGAAACAAGAAUAAUCUCUGCGGUAUUGCCAGUUUUGCAGUCUACCCUACGCUGUGAAAAUGUGACCCGUCACCUGAUUCGUCCUGGUAGAAUUUAGGUUAUUUAUUUGACAUUAGAGACCAUGUUUUUUUGUUUUUUACAUGCAACACUGAAACUGUAAAUGAUGUCCUGAAAAACGGCCCAAGAAAUAGUGUUUAAAAAGUGUUACAUUUGUUCAGCUACUGUAUUUGCUUUGGUCGUCUUUCUCAAUGAACUUUUGCUUUUUUUGAGUUAAUACUAAUAUAAUAAAAUAUAAAUGUCUGAGUUUCAUCUA